AGAGCGAGACAGAACAGCAGGCCGUGCGAACGCCAUGGUGUGUGACUGGCAACGUCACUGUCGUCACCGCCGCCGCUGCUGUUGUUAAAUUUCGUGUCGCGAAUGCAGCGAGAGACAUCCGUACGAGUCGCGAGUGAAGUGUCGGAUGUGCAACGUGUAAAUCACAAUCGUUUUAGACAAAUCGCGAGUGAGAGAAAUAUAUAUAUGUGUACAUCCAUAUAUAUAUGAAAGUGAAGAACGCGAUGCCGCGUCGCCUUUUUUAAAAGUCCCGUGUGUCUCCGCGCGCGCGUCGUCCGCGAAACCACUGAUCGCCGAACGCCCGCUCCGCGCCGCGCAGUGCAGUGUGUGUACACGUACGAGGCCGCGUGUGUACGCGCGCGUGCUCGCUCUCGUGUUUGUGCAUGUGUAUGUCGCGAGUGGCUCUGUGUAUCGAGAGGAGAGUGCGUUACGGUUCCUACGAGGUGCGCUUUUUAGUACAAGUACUGCCGGGCUAGCGAGCGAGAGUGUGGCCGACGCGCGCGUACCGGCAUCUAGGAUAUUUCGCUCGUGUCAUCGUUCGUGUUGUGCCGUGGUUGUGUCGUCGUCGUCAUCGACGUCGUGAUCGUCGUAGUAAACGUUCUCGUUUCUCGCGUCUCAGUGUCGCAGUUAACGACCCGGUGUUAUCGUGUGACGCGCGGUGUGAGCCGCGGUCUCCCCGGGUGGUUCGCGGUGUCUCGUCGCGAAAGAGUGCGCCAUGCGAGAGAGGGAUAAAUCGGUGACUGGCGGGCGGCGGCCAUCUUCCAGAUGAGUUUUUCCUCCUUUCUUCCGAUAAACGGAGCGCGCGCUAUGCCGUGAGGGAGAAGGACGGAGAAGGCGAAAGAACGUAAGAGAGAACCAUUGAUAGCACGAGAAUAAGACGGAUCGGAAGAGAGCGCGUGAAACGAGAAGGAUUAUCCGCGUCUGUCAUGCAACAAGAGAUGCGGUGAACGGCGCGUGCUACUCGGUGGAGUCACGAAAUUUCACGAGAGCCGCGUGUCGCCGCUUCGACCAGCCUUCGUUCGCGAGGCUGUGUGGAAGAAUAACAGUCGCUCGUGCCCGCACGAGAGAGAGAGGGAAAGAGAAGAACGUAUUAGGAAGUGCGCGCUUGUCCGCGCGUGUGAGACAGAGAGGAAGAGAUUCAACGAGAAAGAGAAGCAGGGGGGACAGUGGAGCGAACCAGAGCGGAAGACGGAGAAAGAGACAUACCGCGUGCGGGGGAAGAAAACGGAAGCGGUGCGGAGUGAAACGAACGUGGAGAGGCCGACCCCCUAUCGUCGCGCGUACGUUCGUAAUCGCGUCGUUUUCGCGAUCGUAAGAUCGGCGGGGUGGAAGGAGCGGCAAGAAGAGAGAAGAAGAAAUAAAAGGAAAAAAAGUGAGUCGCGUCGAGACAUCGUCUUCCUGCGAUCUCGGUGGAGUGCGCGUUUGUCAGCGGUGGAAUCGAUUACUCGUCGAAAGAGAAAGAGAGAGUUUUGCAUUCGUCGCGGAACUCGAAGCUGGAAAUCAGGGAGUGUGAAUUCUUACGGAUGCUCUCGCGGUUGUUGCCCACCCGGUACAUCGCGAUCGAGAGAGUGUAGUGUGAGAUCAAUAAUGAGACAGGUGCUCUCAUUGGUGUAAAGCGAUGCGGCGGAGCUGAGAGUUUUGUCGGGCGGCACUGAGGGGGCUCAUGAAAAGUGUAUCCGGCGCGCGUAACGCCGCCGUCAAAGACCACCACCGUGCCGCGGGACAUUCGAGCGAGUUGGAUCAGUGUGAUUAUAAUGUAGUGCCAACUUUGCAGAUGGAUAAACAGGGAUGACUGAUAAUUGCUGGAACUCUGGCGGUGGCGCUGGCGUCAAGAUGGAGCACUUUCAGGCCACCCUGGACCCAAGGAAGCAGGAGUUAUUGGAGGCCCGCUUUCUCGGAGCGAGGAUGUCUGCUGGGUCACAAAUUCAGAUGGCACCCCAAACAACCGUAAACUCUGGUCAGGCAGUUCAUAGUCAAGACUCGAACAUGAGCACUGGCUCAUCGCAUAGUGAUAAGGAGGUGGAUGCAAACACUCCGGAAAAGAUACCAAGGAUUACUUCUGAAAGAAAGAGAAAACGUAAGGCUGACGACGGAAGUGGGGGUGUUCCAGGUGGUUCUGUGGCAAGUAAAGGCGCUAGAUCAAUUGCUGCCCUUGAUAAUAAGAAGAUCAAUGAGUAUUUUCCAAAGCAUCAUCUGGGCAACAGUCCUAUUCGACAUGGUGGAGCUAAGAGUCCUUCUCCUCAACAGGGUUAUCCUAUGUAUCCGCCAUCGCCUCAACAGUUACUACCACAAGUAACAACACCUAAUUCUUCAGUGGCGGAAUUCUCAUCGUUGAUGCAGCCACCAAGACCUCAUCCUCCACCUCAUCCUCAACCUCCACCACCAGCCUCGACACAACCUGCGGGCUCGAUGGUCAGCAAGCAGGUGCAGGUAAGGCCUACCAACCUCAAUAGGACAAGCCAGGUCAGGCAAGCGAAGACUAACACCCCAAAUACAGAACUUACUUGCCAGAGGAUACAGGAGUUCGAAAAUCAAGCCUCUUCGGAUUUAGAAUUACGUAACAAUAAAAUUGAUGAAUUAAAUAGGACAACGGACGAACUUAGGCAUCAAAUGGCUAAUCAACAGAAAGUGAUUGAGCAGCACAAAUCACAUAUAAAUAAGUGUAUAGACGUUGUAAAGAAGUUAUUAAAAGAAAAAUCAAACAUAGAAAAAAAGGAGGCUAGGCAGAAGUGUAUGCAAAAUAGACUGAGGUUGGGCCAGUUCGUAACGCAGAGGGUAGGCGCGACCUUUCAGGAGAACUGGACCGACGGUUACGCAUUUCACGAGCUUGCGCGGCGGCAAGAGGAGAUCGCGACCGAACGGGAGGAGAUUGACAAGCAGAAGAAGCUGCUGCUCAAGAAGAGGCCGUCGAACAGCGAGACAGGCAGGAAACGUAGUCAACCGCAACCAUCCCUGCAUAAUGGCACCGAAGCGACGUUUUUGAAGCCAGAUGCAGUGCCUGGGUCGUAUACAUGGCAGGAGUAUUAUGAAGCUGACGAAAUACUCAAGUUAAGGCAAAGCGCGUUGAAGAAGGAAGACGCGGAUCUGCAACUAGAAAUGGAGAAGCUCGAGAGGGAGCGGAACCUUCACAUCAGAGAGCUGAAGCGUAUUCACAACGAGGACCAAUCGAGAUUCAACUCCCAUCCUGUUUUGAAUGAACGUUACCUCUUACUAAUGUUAUUAGGCAAAGGCGGUUUCAGCGAAGUGCAUAAGGCAUUUGACUUAAAGGAGCAACGGUACGUAGCUUGCAAGGUGCAUCAAUUAAAUAAAGACUGGAAAGAAGAUAAAAAGGCUAAUUAUAUAAAGCAUGCGUUGCGAGAAUAUAAUAUACACAAAGCAUUGGAUCAUCCCAGAGUCGUAAAAUUGUACGAUGUAUUUGAAAUUGAUGCCAAUUCCUUUUGUACCGUACUGGAAUAUUGUGAUGGCCAUGAUUUAGAUUUUUACCUUAAGCAGCAUAAGACUAUACCCGAGAGAGAAGCGAGAUCUAUUGUUAUGCAAGUCGUAUCGGCAUUAAAGUACCUCAAUGAAAUAAAACCCCCAGUCAUACAUUACGAUUUAAAACCAGGUAACAUUCUAUUAACCGAAGGUAAUGUCUGUGGCGAAAUUAAAAUCACAGACUUCGGUUUAAGUAAAGUUAUGGAUGAGGAGAAUUACAAUCCAGAUCACGGAAUGGAUCUGACGUCUCAAGGAGCGGGUACUUAUUGGUAUCUACCUCCUGAGUGUUUUGUUAUUGGCAAAAAUCCUCCUAAAAUAUCGUCCAAGGUCGAUGUGUGGAGCGUAGGAGUUAUAUUUUACCAAUGCCUAUACGGUAAAAAGCCUUUCGGUCAUAAUCAAUCGCAGGCUACCAUUUUAGAAGAAAACACGAUACUGAAAGCCACGGAAGUUCAGUUCGCGAAUAAACCAACUGUUAGCAACGAAGCAAAGAGUUUCAUAAGAAGUUGCCUAGCGUAUAGGAAAGAGGAGCGCAUAGACGUACUGACACUAGCUAGACACGAAUACCUGCAACCCCCAGUGCCAAAACAUGGCCGCCAAGCGAACAGCCAGCAACAGCAGCAACAACAACAGAUUCAGCAGCAGCAGCAAAGCUCGUUCAACAUCGGUGGUAUGUUUAGUGGUAUGAACGCGUCGAGCAGUUCGUAGUGGAGAGGAAGGACUAAGGACGAAAUCCACGAUACCAAUACAUGCCAAAUCUUGAGCGCUCGGACUGUGCACACCAUUUCAUCUUAGGGAAAUAACGCGAUUGCUAUAACCAAUUGUAAAUACUAAAACCGGAUACUAUCACCGUCACCACCCACCACCACCACUAUCACAAUUAUUACCACCAACCACCACCGCCAUCACCACACCGUCACAACUAUACUUACAGGAUCGACUACAUAGGACAUUGCAAGAGAGAUGCGAGACUGGUCACCCGCAAGUCCAGAAGCUUGCGUCUUUCUACAAGCCACGCCACAUUAUUCAGCAUGACAAGAAACAAUGUUGUGUUCGUAAAUAUUCAAUUGUAUUAUCGUUCCUUGUAUCAAACAGUGCGCUGACUUGAUAAUAGCGUUUAAAAGAAACGAGAGAGCGAGAGAGAACGAACGAGCGUGCGAGCGAGAAGAUAAACAUGUGAUAAGUCAUUAUGAGUUACAAGUGACGCCUAGAUUAAGGGGAAGGGGGGGAAAUAGAGCAUGUGUGUGAGAGAAAGUAAAAGAGAGAGAGAGAGAGAGAGAAAGAGAGAGAGAACACAGGUAAAACGAAAUAAACCUUACGAGAUUUUUUUCGGUGGAAGCAAAAUCAACUCCCUGAGAUAAAGAAAGCAACGAAGAAUAGGAGGAAAAAAAAGUAGAAAGAAAUCGAGAAAAGCAAUUGGAGCAAUCGCUUUCACGGAGACGACGUUCCUCUCUCCUGGCGUUUAGUGUGCGUGAACGAACGCUAGAGGAUUGUUAAAAUUAGUGUGAGUGUAUAUAUUUAUACUAUAUAUAUAAAUAUAUAUAUAAAAACUAAUAAAAUCUGACAUAAUAUAUAUAUAUGGUGUAAAAAGGACGACAAGCAUUGACAGUGGGAAGACAACUGUGGUGGCUCUAUCCUCGCAUGACCUCCGGCGCCGGUACCCGGCAUUCCAUGAAUGCUCGGCCCGCGCAUCAUGUUACUUUAUUCGAAUAUUAACAUUAUUACCUGUAUCAUCACUAAUAACGAUUAACAUACACGCGCAUCCACGUCCACACACGAGAAACACGUACACGACACGUAUACACGAAGGAGAUUUGGUUGGUUGUUCCUAUUCUGAGACGAGAGUGUAAUUUCCGGAACAAUAGUCCGAUAGAGAGCGAAGUGAGAGUCGCAUAACGAGAGAGAGAUAGAAAGAAAGAGAGAGAGAGAAAGUCGCGAUGUGCUCCCAAAGUGAAAAGAAAAAAAAAAAAAAGAAAACAUUAGGAUUGUAGUCCACCAACCAUCACAAUCAUUUGUAAAAAAGAAACCCGUUCUCACGCGUGUAUAAUUUAAAACCCCGAGAUUUGUUGUAAAAAACCAGGCCGCGCGUUUACGUUUUUCCUCCUUCACUCUUCCUUCUCUUCUCUCUCUCUCUCCUCUCCUUUCGUUUCUCCCCCUUUUUCUCCAGAGAAAGAGAGAGGGCGAGAAGGAGCGAGAGAGAGAGAGCGAAUCCAAAUGUGUGUAUAGAGCAAGUUUUGCGCAAACGGCUAGACGCAUUCAUUCAUUAAUUGGGCUACAAUGAGAUAAAAAAAAGAAAAGAUGAGGAAGACAGAAAAGGCAAAUUUUUAAGGUGAGAGAGCCGUGAAAAACGCUAUACCGACCCAAUAAUUAUUUCUUUACUCGUAAUUUGUUUUAUAUAUGUACGUUAUAUAUAGAUAAUUAUGAAAUAGAAGACUAAGUUAUUUUAUCAAGUGCCCUUGCUUUGUAUUAUAGUCGCGUCCGUCGACGAGCCGCAGCUUCUGGGAGUAAAAGAGAGCGAAAGAGAGAGAGAGAGCGAGAGAGAGAGAGAGCGAGCGAGCGAAAAAGAAGAAAUGGAGAGCAUGUGUUAAGAACGAGAGAAUAUGAGUGACUGAGUGAACGAGUGCAUGUGUUGUUAAAAAGUGUUGCGUCAGUUGUUGGUACAACGUGGGCACCGGGUAUUGAUGACGACUCAAUACCAUCAAUGUGAUUGGCAAAAGUGUGGUGAGAGAGGAGAAUACAUUACAAGUCUGAAAAGAGUCUACUACUUAGAUCCGUCGCUUCAAUUUUGAAGAAAAAAAAAAAACGCCAACUACUCCCGCAUCCCGCAUCCUACUUCUCGUAAGAAGACAUGCAAUCGCAGGUGCAUUUUUCUUUUUUCUUCUUUUUUUUUUUUUAAAUAUUUAUUUUUGCAAAGUGCGAUGUCGAUCAUCUCGUGUCCAUUGACGAUCCUCCCACGGGGUUAAUUCCAAAACGGUAUGUAAUUUCCAGAAAUGAUAUGUAAUUUGACAUAGCUGAUAUGAUGACUGAUGUGGAUUUUUUCGAAAUCUGUUUUGCUGAUCUGCGGAAGAGUGGGACGCAAGUAUUAUUAAGUAAAUAAAUGGAAAAAAUUGUUAUUUGCAUAUUUCCUCUGUAUCGUUUCGAUGAAUAUUUCAAGUCGAGUAAAGCUAGUCUUUCAAAAUUUGUUGCAACCGGCCUCAAAAGAAUUGUCCGAAGGUAUGAUUCAACGAGCACUUGCCAUACCGAAACCUUUAUAUCGUGGCGAUAAAAAAAAAAAACCGAGAACUUAUACGAGAGCACAAUAGAGUAAUGUUCGUGCACUCUUUGCGACAAGGAUUUUACAUUUGUACAUAUCUAUCGAAUCAUCCUCCCGGGAACACAAUUGACAACGUUACCGCGCGCAAAUGCAAAAGAGCAAAUGAGAGAAAAAGAACUUUUUAUCUACAAACGAGUUUUUUUUCCACUGAGCACAAAUAGUAAGAAAAAAGUAUCUCCCUAUUGAUUAAAAUCUGUCACCAAAUUUAUAUACUGUCAAGUAUCACAAUCGAAACACUUCUUUUCAAUUAUCUCUGCGCGUGUCGGCAUAGUCACGAUCUUCCCUAUAAUGAAACAUGAAAAAAAAAAA